GCUGCGGCGCCGUGUCUCUCGCAGUCCCGCCGGUCUGCCAGUGGACGCUGCCCCCGGCCGGCCGAUCAUGGCGGCGGCCCCGGAGGAGGAGGUGGACCGCAGGCCGAUCCGGAGGGUCCGCUCCAAGAGCGACACGCCGUACAUCAACGAGGCGAGGAUCUCCCUGCACCUGGAGACAGCGGAGGAAGUGGAGAGGUUGGCGGCCAUGCGCUCUGACUCGCUGGUGCCCGGCACGCACACGCCUCCCAUCCGGCGGCGGAGCAAGUUCGCCACACUGGGACGUCUCUUCAAGCCGUGGAAGUGGAGGAAGAAGAAGAGCGAGAAGUUCAAGCAGACUUCAGCAGUGCUGGAACGAAAAAUGUCCACUCGGCAGAGCAGAGAGGAGCUCAUCAAGAAAGGCCUGCUGAAGGAGGUCUACGAGAAAGACGGUGCGUGUCCUGCAGUCCGUGAGGAGGUGAAGAUGGAGAAUGGGCGCUCCCCGGUGCUGGGCUCCGGCCUGUCGGAGUCUGAAGGCGCUGUUCUGAUGGAGGGAAUGGCGGCGGCGGCGGCUGGAGGACCGCUGGAAUUUCAAAUGGCGACAGACGGUGGAGGCCAGCAAGACCACGCACAGAAAUGCAGCCAGGCUCCGCCCACAAAGAAAUCGGCGGCGUAUCCGCCCGAGGGGGCGGACCCGAACCUCUCCAGAGCGCCCGCACUGCACAAACAGCCCCCCGCUCUGCCGCCCAAGCCCUUCAGCAGGCUGACGAAUCACAUCACAGACGGCGCCCCGGUGAAGUUACCCUGCAUGGCGGUGAAGCUGUCUCCCCCUCUACCUCCGAAGAAGCUGAUGAUCUCCGUGCCCGCGGGCGGCGUGGAGCCGUCUCCGAUCGCCUUCCAGAAGUGCCCGGCCCCUCCCGGCCUCGCCGCGGCGGGCGGACACUCGCUGCAGUACGGGCCGCUGCCCGUCCCGCUGCACCCGCCCAGCCGCAUCAUCGAGGAGCUCAACAAGACGCUGGCGCUCACCAUGCAGAGGUUCGAGAGCUCCAUGAUGCACGCCGUUCCCACGGUGAUGAUCGAGUGUGACGAUGACAAGGAGAACCUCCCCAGCCAGGCGGACUACGAGGACCUGCCGGGCAUGUACAAGGAAGAGGAGGACGAGGAGGAGGAAGAUGACGAAGACGAGGAGGAGGAGGACGAUGAUGAAGAGGAAGAUGAGGAGGAAGAUGAAGACGAGUCACUGUUUACUAGCACGCUCGCCAUGAAGGUUUUGCGGAAAGACUCCCUGGCCAUCAAGCUGAGCAACCGUCCGUCGAAGAGGGAGCUGGAGGAGAAGAACAUCCUGCCGCUGCAGUCCGACCAGGAGAGACUCGAGUCCCGGCAGCAAACGGCCACCAAGCUGACCCGGCGGUUGAGUCAAAGGCCGACAGCAGAAGAGCUGGAACAGAGGAACAUCCUCAAACCUCGUAACGAUCUGGAGGAGCAGGAAGAGAAGCGGGAGAUCAAGAGACAUUUAUUGACGAAGCUCAGCCAGAGGCCCACUGUGGAGGAGCUGCGAGAGGCGAAGAUCCUCAUCCGGUUCAGCGACUACGUGGAGGUGGCCGAGGCUCAGGACUACGACAGGAGGGCGGACAAGCCGUGGACUCGGCUCACCGCUGCAGACAAGGCUGCCAUCAGAAAGGAGCUGAAUGAGUUUAAAAGCACAGAGAUGGAGGUGCACGAGUCGAGUCGCCAUCUGACCAGGUUUCACCGGCCAUAGAAACGCUGCGUCGGCCUUGAGCCCCUCCUCCUGCGGACGCCUCCGGCGGCGGUCGGCCCGCGGCCUCGG